AUGAUAAAAAUAUUCAUAUUAUUAUUUUUUAUAAUUCCAUUUUCUUAUGAGGUUCCAAGAAAUAUUAAUCGUUUUCUUACCAGAGAAUCAUUAUCAUCAAAAGAUCGUGAAAUGUUUGAUAAAACUGUUACUGUUUUAGAUAAAUUAGAAGAAUAUAGUGAUAAAAUUAAUGAUAUAAAAAAUAAAACAGAUGAUGUUGAGGUUGGUGUUAUGUCAAAUCCUGAUAUGUUUCAAGGGGAUAUAUUUUUAUCAGAAAGUCAAAUAAAAAAAGUUAAAAAGGAUUUUGAAGUGGAUAAUAAUUUACUUAAAAAUAAAUUAAGAAAAAAAAGAUCAGCUAUUUUAGAAAAUAUGCCACGUUUUUGGGAUAUAUCAAAACCAAUAAAAUAUUUUGUUAAUGAUGGAAAUACAGACAUGAUAACUGAAUCAUUAAAUAAAAUUACUUCUGAAAGUUGUAUUUCUUUUGAAUAUAGUCCAACGUUAUUUACUGGUCCAGGAUUUAGAUUUUAUAGAGGUGUUGGUUGUUGGUCAUGGUUAGGAAAAAUAGAUAAUGCAAAUCCUCAAGAUAUUAGUCUUGGAACAGGUUGUGAUGCUAUUGGAACUAUUCAACAUGAAGUUUUUCAUGCAUUAGGUUUUGUUCAUGAACAAUCACGUCCAGAUAGAGAUUUUUUUUUAAAAAUUCAUAAUGAAAAUUAUACUCCUGAUAAAGCAACAAACUUUUAUAGAUAUGGUUAUGGAAGUGCAAAUAAUUAUGGUAUAAUUUAUGAUUAUGGUUCUGUUAUGCAAUAUUAUGCUAAAUCAUUUAGUUCAAAUGGAGGUGAAACAAUGACACCUAAAAUGAGUUUUUUUGAUAAUGUUAUGGGACAAAGUGUAGGGUAUAGUCAUUAUGAUUUAAAACUUUUAAAUACCUAUUAUUGUAAAAAUGUUUGUACAUCAUCAAUAAUAUGUAAUAAUGGUGGAUUUCAAAGUGUAAAAGAUUGUUCAAAAUGUAGAUGUCCAUUAGGAUUUUCAGGAAUAUCAUGUAAUGAAAUUGAAGAACGAUCUUCUACAUGUACUAAUAAAAUAAAUUAUUCCAAUUCAACAAAACAAACUAUUAAUGUACCGUUAGGGGCAAAAUGUUUUUAUUAUAUUGAAGCACCAAUAGAUAAAAAGAUUAUGCUUGUUAUGAAAGAUCUUAAAUAUAAUGGUUAUUAUUAUACUCCAUGUAAUGCUGAAAAUGGAGUUGAAAUAAAAUAUCGUACAGAUAUGGGAUUAACAGGUGGAAUGUUUUGUAAGCCUUUUAGUAAUGAAAUUUUAAUUUCACAAGGUAAUAAACUACUUAUUGCUGUUCCUGGAAAUGUUAAAAUGCAAUUUACAUUUCAUUCUAAAUAA